GUAGAAUUGUGUGGACGCCCGCCCUGUUGCCAUAAUGGUGGUCAUCAAUACAAAGCUUAGUCUGUACAAACAUCCAUCUAUAGGGCCUAGUUAUAAUAAAUCAUAAAGGAAGUGCUUUCGAGCUAGCCUCGAAAGCUAACUUCGGGCUAGCUAGUUCGGCAAAAGACAUUGGAGUCUGACAACCGUGUCUCUUUAGCGAAACCGCUUUUCUCUCAUUCUCAGUGGAACGGGAGGUUCUUCGAUUGAAUGUUUAGCGAAACAACAUUUUUAAACGUGGAAGCAUUUUAACCCUUUGUAUUGUUCCACUCCUAUAGCCAAUCUGUACUUAACGGACUGAUACUCCGAACAGCGAGCAAAGUCUGCCUUUACAACCAUAUAAUGGUGUUCAUCAGCUCAGUUGAGGAAGAAUUAAGAGCUGCAUUUCGCACCUUAAGCUGGACAUAAAGGACACUAGGAUCCACCUUAUUACGUCGGCAUCAUGUUUCAUGGGAUACCAGUUACAGGAAGUGUGGGCGGAGCUCCAGCUAAUAAACCUGAACUAUAUGAGGAAGUGAAAUUAUACAAAAAUGCAAGAGAACGAGAAAAGUAUGAUAACAUGGCAGAAUUGUUUGCUGUGGUGAAGACACUUCAGGCCCUGGAAAAGGCUUACAUCAAGGACUGUGUCACACCUAAUGAGUACACUGCUUCCUGUUCAAGACUGUUGGUUCAGUAUAAGGCUGCUUUCAAACAGGUGCAGGGCUCUGAUGUGGGCUCCAUUGAUGAGUUCUGCCGGAAGUACAGACUUGACUGCCCGUUAGCCAUGGAAAGGAUUAAAGAGGAUCGACCAAUCACCAUCAAGGAUGACAAGGGAAACCUGAACCGCUGCAUUGCAGAUAUAGUUUCUCUUUUCAUCACUGUGAUGGACAAGCUGAGACUGGAGAUCAGAGCCAUGGAUGAGAUCCAGCCAGACCUAAGGGAACUGAUGGAAACCAUGAACAGAAUGAGCAACAUGCCUCCAGACUCCGAGGCUAAGGACAAAGUCAGCCUCUGGUUGACCACCCUCAGCAGCAUGUCAGCCUCAGACGAGUUGGAUGAUAAUCAGGUGCGUCAGAUGCUGUUUGAUCUGGAGUCGGCCUACAAUGCCUUCAACCGCUUCCUCCACUCCUCAUAAAGCAUCUGUCCAUCCUUGAUCCCAUCUGUCUAAAAUUCUGACUCUAAUAUCUCUUAAAUUCAAGAAAACUUUCUCUUGAUGGCUGUUGGCAGGUGGUAGAAUUAUAUCUGGGUUAGGUUUCCUGUCUCCUGCCCUCUCCAUAUGUCUGCUAUAUUUAUUUAUGUUGUGUUUACUGUUCAGACUUCACUACCUUGUGUACACCUCUGUCUGUCACAUCGUGUUGCUGACAUCCCCGCCCCGUUGGACUCUUUUCAAGUCAAUUCUGUGUGAUAAAUGCUUUAAACAUUGGAUGUUUAUUCUUCCUACAACAAAACAGUUUACUUCCAACUUUGUACUUUAAUAUUAAAAAUAUACUUAAACAUACUUAAGUUUUGCAGCGCAUCUACGAAGAAGCAUAAAAAGAUUAUAAUGGGCAAAGACUGCACAUGAAGAAAAGAUUACAACAGCCAAAGUCUUUGUAUUAUUGGAAAGACAAUAUAUAUAUUUUGUUUCUUUUUCUUCUUUUACCCUAAUUCUGUCCACUACCUGCCACUUGGGGUCAGAUUAGCAUUUUAUGUUGUGUGUAUCAAGUUAGUUUUUUCUAUCACACAUGUUUCUACUGUAGAGUCGUACCAUAGCUUUUCUCGAUAGAGUAAAAUAAGGUUGUCAACUUAAUGGAAAAUAAAUGCAGCUGAAAUGAUUCUUUGGACUUUAUGUUUAGACUGCACUUCAAAUUAAUAAUUAUAUUGUGUACAUUUUCUUGCAGUGUUUUCUGUUGACCUACCUAAUCCAUAUUUCCUUUUGAAGUGAGGGUCUGGCCACAUUAAAUGGGCAAAAAGCAAGGUGGACACACACGCCCUGCUUAUUUUGCUUGCUAAAUAUGUUUCAACCCUCAGACACCUUAGGGAGAACAUAUUUAUUAAGAUUUAUCAUUGUAAAUAAUAGUUUUGAUUUUUAAACAAGAGCAUGUAACACAUUUUAGUAAUAAAGAUGAAAAAUCUACCUCCAA